AUGAAAAAUAAUGAUGAUGAGAAGAACAAAGAUUCUAACAGAACAUUGAAUAUUGGUGUCGAUGAAUUCAACGACCAAACAAAGGUUGAAAAAAAAUUUCAGUGUGAUGCUUGCAAUAAGUCCUUCUCAAGUAAGUGUGCCUUAAAGACGCAUAACAAAAUUCACUCUGGAGUGAAACCAUACAAUUGCGACACAUGCUGCAAAUCGUUCACUCGGUCUGAUUACUUAAAGGAACACAUUAGGACCCAUACAGGAGAAAAACCUUAUAAAUGUAAUGUCUGUGGUCAAUUGUUCUCUCAGAAUGCUAGUUUAAUUGUUCACUUGAGGAUGCAUUCUGGGGAGAAACCUUAUAAAUGCGAUGUCUGUGUUAAAUCGUUUACUAAAUCUUAUGAUUUAAAGAGACACAUUAGGAUACAUACCGGUGAAAAGCCUUACAGUUGUGGUGUGUGUGGAAGGUCUUUUGGUGAUCCUAAUUGUUUUCGUUAUCAUAAGAAGACCCAUAAAUAA